AAAAAAAAAAAGUAUUUGCAAACCCGCCAGGCUCUCCGUGCGCUCAAAACCCCCGGAGCAGCCGGGAAAUUUAUUGACUCCGGAGCUUUCAUUUUUGCAACGGUGCGGCGCCCGUGUGAACUUUAGUUCGAAGCCGUCCCCAAAAUGCGCCCGAAGACCGAAUCCGAUUUUCGCCCGCACUUCGCAGGCGGCCUCUGAACCUUAAUUUCGGCCGGGGCUGAAGUUGGCAGCGCAUCCUCGGCUCUUCCAUCCAUUCAUUCAUCCAUCCAUCCCUUGCCCCCCGGCCGCCCGCAGCGUUCGGAGGGUGAUGAUGCUCCACUAGGUUUCCCUGCUCCAGCCCCGGGCCUCGCUUUGCUUUCCUUCCAGGGAAGACUGUUCCGCCUGCGAUCCUGCUGAGGAAAGAGACUCCGAUGGACUUACACCGGGCAGCGUUCAAGAUGGAGAACUCACCCUACCUCCCCAACCCGCUGGCCUCCCCGGCGCUGAUGGUGCUCGCCUCCACCGCCGAAGCCAGCCGUGACGCUUCCAUCCCGUGCCAGCAGCCGAGGCCUUUUGGGGUCCCGGUGUCAGCGGACAAGGACGUGCACAUUCCCUUCACCAACGGCUCCUACACCUUUGCCUCCAUGUACCACCGGCAAGGCGGGGUGCCGGGAGCCUUCGCAAACCGUGACUUUCCUCCAUCCUUGCUUCACCUCCACCCCCAGUUCGCGCCCCCCAACCUGGACUGCACCCCGAUCAGCAUGCUGAACCACAGCGGGGUCGGGGCCUUCCGCCCCUUCGCGUCUACCGAGGACCGGGAGAGCUACCAGUCGGCCUUCACGCCGGCCAAACGCCUCAAGAACUGCCACGACACCGACUCGCCCCACCUGCGCUUCUCGGACGCUGACGGCAAGGAGUACGAGUUUGGCACCCAGCUCCCCUCCAGCUCCCCCGGCUCGCUCAAGGUCGAUGACACGGGGAAGAAGAUCUUUGCGGUUUCUGGCCUCAUUUCUGACCGGGAGACCUCGUCCAGUCCCGAGGACCGAAGUGACAGAUAUAGAAGCGACAACCAAAGAGGGCCCCAGGCGUCUGCAACUGCCACUCAUCGUAUGAUUUUAACUCUCCCCCUCUGCAAAAAGAAAGCGACGUUGUUUGACAGCCAGGCUCCCAUCUGCCCCAUCUGCCAGGUCCUCCUUCGCCCUGGGGAGCUGCAGGAGCACAUGGAGCAGGAGCUGGAGAAGCUGACCCAGCUGAACAUCAGUAAGAACUCCAUUCUGAAGGAUGCCAUGGCAGCGGGCACCCCCAAGUCAAUUUUGUUGUCGGCCUCAAUCAAGCGGGAAGGAGACUCCCCGACAGCAUCGCCCCACUCCUCGGAUGACAUCCAUCACUCGGACAGAUACCAGACCUUCCUGCGGGUGCGAGCCAACCGGCAGACGCGGCUGAACGCUCGGAUUGGAAAAAUGAAACGGAGGAAGCAAGACGAAGGGCAGGUAUGUCCCCUCUGCAGCCGACCUCUGUCAGGAUCCGAGGAGGAGAUGAGUAGGCAUGUGGAACAAUGCCUUGCAAAGAGAGAAGGUUCCUGCAUGACUGAGGAUGACUCUGUGGACAUCGAGAACGAGAACGGCAACCGCUUCGAAGAGUACGAAUGGUGUGGGCAGAAGAGGAUACGGGCUACCACUCUCCUGGAGGGAGGAUUUCGAGGUUCUGGGUUUAUCAUGUGCAGUGAAGAGAAUCCAGACAGCGACGCUGACCUGGACGUGGAUGGGGACGACACACUUGAAUACGGGAAACCACAGUACACAGAGGCAGACGUUAUCCCUUGCACUGGGGAAGAGCCAGGUGAAGCCAAAGAGAGGGAGGCGCUCCGAGGUGCUGUUUUAAAUGGUGGCACACCCAGUACUCGAAUAACACCGGAGUUUUCUAAAUGGGCCAGCGAUGAAAUGCCCUCAACGAGUAAUGGUGAAAGCAGUAAACAGGAGACCAUGCAGAAGACCUGUAAGAACAGUGACAUUGAAAAAAUUACAGAAGACUCCGCAGUGACAACAUUUGAAGCGUUAAAGGCUCGUGUCCGUGAGUUAGAAAGGCAGCUCUCCCGUGGGGACCGCUAUAAAUGUCUCAUUUGCAUGGACUCUUACACAAUGCCCCUGACUUCCAUUCAGUGCUGGCAUGUGCACUGUGAAGAAUGCUGGCUGCGGACUCUGGGUGCCAAGAAGCUCUGUCCUCAGUGCAACACCAUCACGUCUCCUGGAGACCUUCGGCGCAUCUACUUAUGAAGGACCCAGCAGGAGGGCGGGACCCAGCUACUCGGCUCAGCUCAUCACACCAAGGGGGAGAAGAACGACGGCAACAACAACAACAAACCAAAAAAAGACGUUUUAAAAAUUAACGAAACGAAACAAAAAAAAAAAAAAAAACAGAGACUCCAGACAUGGACUUGAGGACACAGGAGCAGCGGGGAGCCUCGACUCCCAGGUCCCGCGUGUGGAGGUUUCCUUCAGCAUCUGCAGCGGGCGAAACCAAACCCUUUGUUGUGAAGCCCCCUUUUUUAAACCAGUAUUCCCCACCCACCCGUUCCCUGGAGCUGGCUUUGCAUCGCGGAUGGCUCGUGAGCCCUCCUUUGGACUGUGUUGUGACCACUCUGACCCCAGGAGGCUGGGGAAGGGACCCUUGACAGAAAGAUGUUAAAUAACCUGUAACUUGUGUUCUUUGUUCAGUUUUUGGUUGUUUUUUGUUUUUGGUUGUUUUUUUUUUCAUUUGUUUUGGUUUGGUUUUUGGUUUGGUUCUGUUCUGUUUUGUUUUUUCUUUUUGUGGUGUUCUAGUGAUAAAAAAAAAAAGGUUUAAAGAAAAAACCACACCCAGGCAGAAAUGAAGCACAUGUAAUAUAGAUUAUAUAUGUUUACAAUGUUGUGUAUAAAUGGGAUAGACUCAAACAUUACAUACUAAUAAGUUUCCCUUUCUUUUUUUUGGGUUGUAUUUUUUUUAAAGAAGAAAAAAAAAAUGAGCAGAGAACAUUAAACCCAUAUUUUUCUUGGUUCAGCAAAGUUUUGGCAUUAAAGUCAUUAGUUUAAAAAAAGUAUAUAUAUACAUAUAUAUAAUAUAAAUGG